AUGUGCAGCAUCGUUGAAGAUGAUUUUGGUGAUGAAGGUGGAGCACAUGCAAUGAUAGAAGAUCCAAAGACAAAUGGAUUUGAAGGAGAAAUCUGCAAAAAGUGUAAAAUUGAAGAAAGCAAAAUAAAGUUGGAUUUUAGGGAAUCAAUGUGUGAAUCAUGCUUCCUCACCUACGUUAGACAUAAAUUCCGAGCAGCAUUAGGCUCGACAAAAGUUGUUCGUCGUCAUUCAAAUGUUUUACUUCAUUUCAAUGGUCGAGUUGAAAGUAUUUGUUUAGCUCACAUGGUGAUGUUUUCAUUUGAACAAGAAACGCAUAAAAGAUUAUGUUUCAAUAUGGAUUUUAUAUUUAUUGAUGAAUAUUGUAUAGAAGGGACAACUAAUGAUGUUGACAAACGUUAUGAAAAACUUGAAGUUGUUAGAAAUGUUCUGAAACAGUUUCCAAACUUUAAAUGUUUUUAUUCAUCAAUUGCUGGAAGUUCUUCAAGUGACAUUCCACUUAUCAAUGAAAUCACGAAAGAAGAUGUUACUAGAAUCAUUCAGGAAGAAGAAACCUUCAAAUCAUCAUUUAAAUCUUUGAAAUCGCUUUCAACAAAACAAGAUUUCCUUGCAAUGCAACGAAACAAAAUUUUAAGGAUUCUCGCGUCAAGUUUGAUCUUUCAAUACGUUUUUGUGCCAGACAUUUCAAUAACAUUAGCAACUCGUCUCCUCACUGAUAUUGCUGUUGGCCGUGGAAGUUCUGCAGCUCUUGACGUUGCUUUCUGUGAUGAUAGAAUUGAAUCAUUGAAGUUUGUUCGUCCAAUUAAAGAUUUAAGUGAAGUUGAAGUUGCAAGUUACGUGAAGUUCAACAAGCUCAACACUUUGUCUGAUGAGAAUUAUGGCGACAACUUUGGACAGUUCGCAAGCAUACAAAAUCUUACAUCAAAAUUCAUAAAUGGAUUGCAAGAAAACUUCUCAUCAACAGUUUCAACAGUUUACAGAACAUGCAGUAAAAUAUCAUCGAAAGAAGUUUCAAAUCAACAACGAUGUGAGAUGUGCAAAAGUUUGCUAGAUUAUCAAGAUUCUGAGACUCUUUUCGCCAUCGAGUUUUCACGUUCUGUAUCAAAAUUAGCUGGAAAUGAGGAUAAUUUAAAGAACAUGGAAGAAAUUCAAACCAACUCGAUAAUGUCGGUGAAUGGAAGUGAAAAUGACCUCAAAAGAAAACUUUGUCAUGGAUGUCGUAAUAUCUUCAUUGAUCUCGACGAAAAUUGUUAUGAAAUAUUGUCAUGA